GUCUCACUGAGCUUGGACAUCCGUUCGUCCGAGACCUGUGCCACGGCGCGUUACGGCGACGCUCCCCAGCGCCAGUACUCGCCAGAGCUCUCCCUUUCCUCUCGCGGUCGCCCGUGCUUGCUUGUCAGGUAGUAGCCAAGUCACUACACCACCAUGCCCCUCCCAGGCACUGGCCCUUUGUCUGUCCACUCGAGUCUCGGAAAUGCAGUCCAGUCCAAGCCCAAGCAGGCCAUGGUCGUCCGCUUGUCUGCGGAGACCCUCGAAGCACUCGAGUCGUUCCCGAAUCAUCCGGAGAUGCACUUUGAUUUCGGUGACAACCCAGGCAUCUACAUAGGAGAAACGUUCUACGCAAUGCGGGCUCAGCAAGAAAGCACUCCGCACGAGAUAUAUCUCCGCACUUCCUCGGCUGCGAAGCCAAACGCUCCUCUCAAGUUAUAUGCCAAUGUCAUCGGUAAAUUCAUGGUGGAGCGACAGCUGGGUGCCAAGGUCACAGAUGGCGUCCGCCAACGCACGAUGGAAGCCAAGAAAGCGCACUCAGAGCGACAAGCUAUCCUGCUUGACCGACCUCCGAUACCAACCCCUGCAACUAAACACACAAAACGCAAGACACCAGGAUCUGGCACGGUCAUGAAGAAGACAGUCGCUCCUGUAGAUCAGCUUCGCGUGCCUUCCACUUCUUCUGGCUCUGGGCGCAAAGUGUCACCCCUUCCCCAGAAUCCUCCCUCGUCCAGAGCAAAUGCUGACGUUCGAAGACGUCUUGUUCACUGUCUUGCUAUCCAACCACGUCAAAGUGACGAUGCUGUGCGGAUGGUGGGAGGUGCGAAUAUCAGCGUGCAAACACGGGAAGAGUUACUCAAGUUGCUCGAGGAGGUCGCAGAGCAGACGCCUGUGAAGAAGGGGGACAAGUCACCACGUCCGUGGACUCUUAAAACUCAAACAUGGACCGAGGUGCGGCCGUAUGAGUGGCCUAAGCUCACCGAAGCAGAGCGUACGAGCAUGGCCCGGCAAGCCCGGCUAGCUUUGAAGGCACUCAAGAUACCAGAAGCUGAUCCAGCGUGGGAGAACGUGCGUUACCGACAAACUGGUCUGCUACCUACAGUUCCCGUCCCAUCUACACAGUCCACCAUGGUUCCGUCGGCACCCCUGCAAUCCGACACCAAACGCCCAGUGAUUUCAAAGGAUGCCAAACAGAAAGCAAAAGUCGAUGCUUCACGCGGGAAAGGUGAGAUAUCGAUGAAGGACGAGAGUGCGAAGGUAUCGGCCUCUCGCCCAGCUAUCUCCAAGAGAGACGAGGUGGAGAAGCGUCCUGGUCCGUCAUUAGACAGUUCCGGGGCCAAAGCUGCCACGACCCGACGUUUGCCUGGUUCCGGGUACCAGGCAAAGAAGACCUCACAGACUUUGACCCUCAAAGGAGAGGCUCCUACAGAGAAGUUUUCUGCUUCCAGUGACUCCCGUCCCUCGCAACGACAGUCCUUACCUGCUUCACUACCUCGAAAACCUGCUUCUCCGCUUCCGCCGCCUCCUGGAACCGUAGCGAGGAAGACGAUUCCCGUACCACCCAAACCCCUCAAGAGAGACGACGAAGUAGAUCUGGAGAGAGAGCGCGAACGCGAACAGAGAGAACGGGCAAAGCGAAAGGAAGCUAAACUAAGGGAGCGUGAAAGCGAGAGGGAGAAGUUCAAUCGGGAGAAAGGUGCUGCUCCCUCUACCAUCAAACGCAAAACCACUGCUUUAGAAGUUGAGGGCGCCCGCGAUGAAGGGCGGAUUUCUGGAUCAGCUCCUCCUCCUAAGAGGCGGAAGUUAGAGGAAAGCUCCUCAUCGACGGUAACGUCCUCGUCUUCCAGGCCUCGGGAGCCACAACUACUCAAGGAACAUGGACUCGUUCACCCCCCUCCAAAGGUCAAGGAAGAAUCCUCCACUCCUUUGCGGGGCUUCUCGUCUAGCCAAGACAGGCAGUCGCCCUCACCCGCGAAAGUGGAACGACCCAAAACCAACGGCAUGUCGACUAAGAUACGGCGGAAGUCGCCCAUCUACACUUCGUCCGAAGACGAGGGGGAGAUCCCUCAAUCGACACCGCAGCCACGCAGACCCUCAUCGCCACCUGCACCUACUAGGACUGAUUUAGGGACAAACGGGAACGAAUCCCGACACCGACCUCCGGCAUCGCUCCCUCUCCCAACCGAUCACGCGGCUCUGCGUGCACAGUACCGAACUUCGUACGCAAAAUAUCUCGAUGCAUUCUCCAAAAUCGUUACUCAAAAGCGGAAUAUCGAGGCUAUCCUAAACGGAGAGUCCGAGAGCGAUAACGAUUUGAUGAACCCGGACGAACUCAUGAAACUUACGAUGGAACACAAAGCACUGAAAGAAGAGCUUGAGACAAUUCGAGGAGCGUACACCAAUGGAACGAGCUCCUCCCCCUCGGAAUAGCUGAUACAAAGACAUUGGGAUCUAUACUGACGCUCACGACCAGUGUUUGGGGCUUUACAGAGACGGAAUUAACGUAGUCGUGACGACCGGAGAGGAUACCAGGAUACCAUGGUUGUGCGCCAUGCACUCUACGCUAUCUGAUACUCGGGAAGUUCGAUAUCAUUUGCUGACUCUUCCCUUUCCGUACCCGUCCAUCUCUUCUGCUCCGCUUACACGCAUUUUUCUUUUUCUUUAUGGACACGAGAAACUAUGGAAUAGCAAGUUGUAUAUCACCCUUAGGACACCAAUAGCUACCUAGCUCGCGUUUUGAAAUGCAAGUAGAUUGUAUUAGUGAGGA